CUUUGGUCUUGUUGACUCUUUCGUUCCUUAGAUAGGGGUUCUGCGAACUUUGCACUCGUUUUAACAUUCUAAACACUCUUUUUUUGAUUAUUUCGGGGCUCCCCUUUGACAGGUCAGCCCAUCUCUUUGCAUAUACAACAAGCCGUCUCACAGCCACAAAUCACUAUCACCACCCGACAACAACAGACAAGAUGAAGUACAACGCCAGCCUCCUGGCCCUGGCCGUCGCCACCGUCGCCUCCGCUCGCGAGCUUUCCUAUCAGAGCUUUACCAAGCGCGAAGUACCCCAAGAGCACUCAUACGAUGCUAUCCUGCGCGGCACCAACGCCGCCCUCAAGCUGAACAACCCGCUCAACAUCCAGGACGCUGUUUUCGGCCUGCUCGACAACGCUGCCGCCGCCAAGGGUGCCGGCCAGGUCACCAACCUGGACUGCCUGCAGCAGAUCGUGGCCGACCAGGCCUUUACCAAUGCUAAGGCCGCCGGUGACCUCGACGGCCAGGUCAAUGCUGUGCUGUUCCGCGCCCUCGAGCGCGAGACGAGCCAAGUCGGCCUUGCUAGCGCCAUUUGCGACGAGACAGCGAAGAACCCGGAGAUUGCGGUCGUUCAUCAGCAUCAGGAUCCGGCCAGUGCGGAGGGCAAAGCGAAGAACAAGGACAUUGAGUUGGUGGUUGCGAAGGUUCUGAAGGGAUUGGGCGCGGAUCCGUUGUUGGCGCUUGACAGUGCUACUUCCCUUCCUGGAGAUGAUGACGGUACUGCCGACGACACCGGCAGUGAUGCUGGGGAUGACGACACUUGCGAGGACGAUGGUACUCCUGAUAACACCGGCGACGAUGCUGGGGAUGACGACACCUGCGAGGACGAUGGUACUCCCGAUGACGCCGGCGACGAUGCCGGAGACGACGAUACUUGCGAGGACGACGGUACCAACGAUGAUAACACUGGCGCUACCGUAAGUCCUAAGGCUACGACCGGCAACGCUACCGGCAAUAACAACACUGGCGGCAACAUAAGUCCUAAGGCUACGACCGGCAACGCUACCGGCAAUAACAACACUGGCGGCGCCGCAAGUCCUACCGCUGCGACCGGUAACGGUACCGGUAAUACUAAUACUAGCGGUGCCGUGAAUCCUACCGCUACGACCGGCAACGGUACCGGUAAUACCAACACUAGCGGUGCCGUAUAUCCUACCGCUACGACCGGUAACGAUACCAGCGAUGACGACACCUGCGAGGACGACGGCAACACCAAGACUACUGUCCGCCGCAAGGCCAGCAAGCUCGGCCGCAGGCAUGGUGGAUUGGACUUUGGCAGCUGUGGCACCCCCCAGAUCCAGUUCGCCAAGGGUUUGGAUGGUCGCGAGGAGGAGAGCUUCCAGCCUGUUAACGGACAGGAUUUCGACCACGAGAGUGCCUUGAACAUCCAGGUCAUCAGCGAGUUUGUUUGCCAGAAGCUGCAGGAUGAUUGCAAUGCGAGCAUCGAGGCGGUGGCUGCUUGCAAGCAGGCGAGCAGCGCUGCCAGCACUGCUGAGGGCCAGCAGGCUGCGUUCUUGUUCAAUGCCGCUCUUGGUGUCUAAAGUAUUUGGAUAGCUUUCUUCCGAAAAAUAUCGAGGAGGGGAAGGAGGGGAUUUGUUGACAUGUGUCUUGUUCGUAGGCAGUUCUUCUAUUCUUGUAUGCACUUUUUAAAUCAAACUUAAGCUGAGCGGU